AUGCCUCAGCUAUCCAUUACUCCACCAUGCCUCAGCUAUCCAUUAAUCCACCAUGCCUCAGCUAUCCAUUACUCCACCAUGCCUCAGGUAUCCAUUACUCCCACCAUGACCAUCCAUUACCCACCAUACCUCAGCUAUCCAUUACUCCACCAUGCCUCAGGUAUCCAUUAUUCCACCAUGCCUUGCUAUCCAUUAAUCCACUAUGCCUCAGCUAUCCAUUACUCCACCAUGCCUCAGGUAUUCAUUAAUCCACCAUGCCCCAGGUAUCCAUAUCCACCAUGCCCUUCAGCUAUCCAUUACUCCACCAUGGCUCAGCUAUCCAUUAUCCACUGUGACUCAGCCAUCCAUCCACCACUAUGGGUCCUCAGCUAUCCAUUACUCCACCAUGCCUCAGCUAUCCAUUACUCCACCAUGCCUCAGGUAUCCAUUAAUCCACCAUGCCUCAGGUAUUCAUUACUCCACCAUGCCUCAAGUAUCAUUAACUCCAACCCAUGCCUCAUGGAUCCAUCCAUUAAGCCACCAUUACUCCACCAUCCAUAA